AUGCAGCUCACACUACUGCCGCCUGAGCUGCUCAUCAAUGUUCUCCUCGAGCUUGAUCUCCGGAGCCUGGUCCGAUGCCGGGAGGUAUGUCGCCUUCUCAAGGACAUCAUGGACGCCGACGUGCGCACCCAAUACAAGAUCGAGCUCGCCGCGGCGGGGAUGGAGGACGGCUCAUCGAGCACCCUCACCUCGGCGGAGCGCUUGCGAGUGCUGAAGGCCCACCAGGAAGCCUGGGACAAGCUAGCCUGGACAUCGCGUGAAGAGGUGCCCAUGCACCAGGGAGGGGUGUGGGAGCUGUACGGAGGCGUGCUCGCGCAAGGGGACGGGUCGCGGACACUGGCGUUCAAGCAGCUGCCCUCAGCUAUCCGGGGGAUCGAGGAGCGCGAGUGGCGCAUCGAGGACGUAGGGGUCAACAUUCGCGACUUUGGUAUGGACCCUGCGCAGGACCUGCUCGUUAUCAUUGAGAACCGGAUGGAAACCGCGGGGAUGGCGUGCGCGGUACACCUCAAAUCUCUCGCGACAGGUGAACCUCACCCCGCCGCACCGCGUCCAGCUACGGUCUCGCACAUCCCAACGAGAGGUCGCUACUCGUAUACUAUCCAGGUCUGUGACGACCGUAUCGCAAUUCUCAUGACGAGCGGAGACGAAGACCACUCCGAGCUGCUCAUGUGGAACUGGAAGACGGGUAUUCGUCGCUUGCACCUCACCGGUUCCGACCUAUCGUCCUUUGCAUUCCUCACUUCCAGGUACAUGCUCCUCACCUCACUCCCAACCAUGGAGCUAGACGACAAUAACGUCUUCCACGGAGACGACCCCCGCCUACUCGUGAUCGACCUCGAGCGCAUGUCUGACCGGCACGAAAUCGAUUUCGGCGAUCUCGAUUAUCUGUGCGCGUUCCACUACCCUCCGCUCGCGGACAACUUCGCGACCAUCUCCAUGUCCAUCCGGUCCGACCCCGCACCGAACUGGAAGCCAUCGCCAUCGCUCAAAGUCCCUUUCCAUGUCGCGCGCCAGGACCGCCUGUUCGUAAUCACUCUCUGGGUCGUCGAGGGCAACAUGCACAUUAUGCCGUUCAUCUCCCUCGUCCCGUCUACGACAUUCAUGAAUAGCAUUCGCACAAUCGCUCCCGAAGAGACUGGCCGCGUAUUCGAGUGGUCAGAGUGGGGCCCCGCCGGGUCGCGCCUCAUCCCUGCACCGCCCACGCACACGUCGGUAUGGGUAUGCUACGUGUACGGGAUGAUGUUCGCGAUGUCUAUCCGGCAGGGCUCGCAGCGUAUCAUCCUCGCACUCGACUUCAACCCACACAGCGUCGGACGCGUGCUCGCGCGUGAGGCCCGCGAGGCCGCGGAGAAUCCGGAAAUGACGGCAGAGGAGCGCGCAGCCGUUCAGGAGAGCGCGACUUCCGUCACGGACGAGCGGGUGUUCCGCCCUGUGAACAUCUUCAGGGAGGAGGUGAAGACGGCGCUACCGCACGUCAUGCGCAAGACGCGGCCGUUCAGCGCAGAGGGCGAGGGGCACUUCGACGCGGUGAUGGUCAGCGAGGACUCGCUCGUGAUGGUGUCUAGUCAAUCGCACAUUCGAAAAUACCGCAUCUUGACGUUCUAA